AAUCUUAGAAUACAUCACAAUUUGAUUUCUCAAACUUUCUUCCACUUUAUCUUUCUCUUUCUCAAUAAAGAGAAGUCUUUGCUCUGAAAUCUUGAAAAUGGAUUCUUUGAUCAAACUCUUUUUAUGCCUCUAUGGAGUUCUAUUCACUUCUCUACUUUUUGCUGAAAUUAAUGGAGUUGAGGGCUCAGAAAAGAAUCAUCGUUUGUACGGAUUCAGACCAACGAAGCUGUUUGUGUUCGGAGACUCUUAUGCAGACACAGGGAACGUUAAGAAGUCUCUCUCUAGUUCUUGGAAAUUUCCUUACGGUAUCACUUUCCCCGGUAAACCCGCUGGCCGUUUUUCCGAUGGCCGCGUCGCCACUGAUUUUCUCGCAAAAUUCGUGGGGAUAAAAUCACCAAUCCCAUACUUCUGGAAAAAUUACGCGGGAAAGAAACGUUUACAGUACGGAAUGAACUUUGCGUACGGAGGAACAGGAGUGUUCAACACUCAAGUUCCAUUGCCGAAUAUGACCACUCAAAUCGAUUUCUUCAAGAACAUUCUCAACGCUGGAGACAUCUACACUCCCUCCAACCUUAUCUCCUCCGUCGCGCUCGUCAGCGUCGCCGGCAACGACUAUUCCACUUUCAUCUCGCAAAACCGCCCUGCCUCGGACUUUCCAGCAUUCAUAAAGCAAGUGGUGGAUCAAACAGAAGUGAAUCUGAGGCGGAUCCACGCCUUGGGAGUAAAGAAAGUAGCAGUACCGUUGCUGCAGCCUCUCGGUUGCCUCCCUGGCAUUACCUUUGCCUCCUCGUUCCAGCGUUGUAACGAGACACAAAACGCUUUAGUGAGACUCCACAACAGCUUGUUGCAACAAGCCGUGGUAAAGCUCAAUAACGAAAUCAAACAGUCCACUUUCAUCAUCAUUGAUCUUUACAACGCUUUCUUGAACGUCUUCAACAACAAAGGAGCAAAUCCAGGGAGUACGACGUUUCAGAGCCCGUUGAAACCGUGCUGCGUAGGCGUGAGCAGUGAGUAUUUCUGUGGAAGUGUGGAUGAAAAGGGUGUGAAGAAGUAUAUGAUAUGUGAUGAUCCUAAGUCUGCCUUCUUUUGGGAUGAUAGUCACCCUACAGAAGAAGGAUGGAGAUCGGUUUACUCUCUUUUACACGAAAGUCUUACAGCCUCUUUUAUGAAAGCGUGAGGAGGAAGAAACAAAAAAAAAAACACUUGUAGGGUUCUUCUCAGUUGUUUGUUCUUUCUCUGUUUUGUUCAGUAUCACUUCAUUCA